AUGGCCACUACACCACGCAUUAAGUUCGAGCAUUCGCCAGUCGACAGUCUUGCCGACAGCUUUGCCUCGACCCCCGGCACCUCCUAUCCAUCUCUCUUCGCCGAUACGAUGGAUCCCGCCGAACUGGUGACUCCGGCCAUGACCCCUCAAUCAUUCGAGGGCGAUAGCAUGUUCGGGGGCUCCAUCCGCGGUGAGAGCGUCUCCAACGAUACGCCUGCACCAGAGAAAAAGCCUGUAAAGAAGCGGAAAUCUUGGGGACAGCAAUUGCCAGAGCCCAAGACAAACCUUCCCCCAAGGAAACGGGCAAAAACUGAAGAUGAGAAGGAGCAGCGACGAGUGGAGCGGGUUCUCCGCAACCGCCGAGCAGCUCAAUCAUCAAGAGAACGCAAGCGACAAGAAGUCGAAGCACUAGAGGCUGAGAAGCACGCCAUAGAGCGACGCAACCAAGACCUCGAGAUGCGCCUUGCUCAUAUGGAGGAACAAAACUUAAGACUUCAACAGGAGUUAGCUCAGAUCACCGGCAACAAAAUGCCUGUUUUCCGUGGCUCCUCCGUCUCCGCGUCCAGUCCCUCCCAAGAACUAGGUCAAUCAUCCCCAGUUACAUUCUCUCAAGAGCUCUUUGGCUCGCGGGAUGCAAACGGCCGAUCGUCCAUCAGCGCAGCAUCCAUGGCUGAUUCCCAGGCGCCUGUUCAAACCGUAAACCCCGCCUCCCUCUCUCCCGAGAUCCGGCCCGUCGCCGAGUCCUCCAACGCCAGUUCUUCCGAUAUGACACAACAUCCUGCCGCGGUGUUGUGCGACCUGCAGUGUCAGUCGGAAGAACAACGGCCCUGGAUGGCCUCGACGACAGCCACGACUUCAGCCAUCUCUCAGAUCUUGACUCUCACCAUGUUCAUCAACAUGACUUCGGGAGCUAUUUCGACGCUCCUCAGCCCACUGAGUCAGAUUUACACAUCCUUGAAAACGGGAUCCUCCCUAUCGCCGACACCUUCAAUCUUAACUAUGAUCAUAUGGUUGGUCACAACGACGGCAUCCUUGACGACUUCAACCUCGACGACUUCCUCAACCACGACGACCCAGCACCUGCGCCCGAGACUCAGUCUACGGAUCCGCUUGCUGAGACGACUGCUAGCCUGCAGCCCCAACUUGGCGCGUCCUCUUAUGGAUGCGACGAUGGUGGCAAUGCGGUCAGCGUCUGAACAGCAGCUCUCCCACGACUGUCUCCCGUCCGUAGUAGCAAGUGUCCGUCGUGAGCGAUCGAAUUCGCCGAGUGUGGAGGCACUCAUGACCUUGUUGUGGGCCACUUAUGUGAUUGAAAGGGAACAAGAACAAGAGGCGCUGAAGACCACAACGCAGCCGGACGCGGCUGCGGAGGUCAGACAGGCGUGUAGGGAGCUGGAUGAACUGUUCAGAACGCGAGAUAUAAAACCUGUUUCUUAUGGAUUGGGCGGGGGGGCUCUGGGUGGAGCCUUGGGCAAAAAGUCUUUGGACGACUGGCGUACGGCGUGA